AUGGCGCCAUCCCUGAGCGGGGAUCGGACCAAUCACAAGCCCGCAAUCCCCAGUUCCCGGUGGGAACCGCGGACGCACUGGCUCUGCCCCUUGGGAAAUGUCGCAACUCGCUAUUUUUCGCUUUUGUUGCGUAUGAGCGACGUGUUGGAAUGGGAUACUUCACGCAACGACCUGAAGAAUGUCCGUUGCACACAGUCUUACGAAUAUCGUGGCUUUGGUCAGCCGCGUCAGAUUGGGAUCGAAGACAACGUGUUGCCAGAUCUUUGA